AUGAAUAAAAGCAAGUCCCCCGAAAAGGUAGUCUCUCUCAGCUUAAAGCGGAAGCACUCCGAAGCCGAACCACAGACUCGAGAGUCCUCCGUUAGCCUUUCCUCCAUUCCCGUUCCUCCAAGUGUCCCGAAAAAAACCAAGCCAUGCCUUCCCAUUAAGAGAAUCUCUCUCAGUCUGCCCAACAAGUCCCUGUCCGAUGGUGCCAAGAAGGAGAACUUCAAACUUCAACCCUUGAGUGGCGACGUCGCUAAAGUCUUCGGGCAGGACGAAGAGAGUGAGGAGGAAGAGAUGCCCAUGGAAGCCCGAAUCCGAAUGCGAAACAAGGGCCGGGAGACACCUACCUCUUCUGGUCCGAAUUCCUUUGGAAAGAGUCGUUACGGCUUUAUUGAUCGACGAGCCCUUCUGAAUAAACAGCUGGAAGCUCUGAAUGAGCGGGUCUCCGGUGAUAAUGAGGACAGAUGUGGGAAUCGAUGA